AGAAAAUUGGUUAGGUCGAUUUUCUAGCAUCUUUACAUACUUUGGCAAAAUUACAUGCAAACCCGCUCAACUAGUGGGGGUAGUUUUGCUCCAUUCACUUAAAAUCCUGAGAAAAUUCUCCGACAAAAUACUUUGAAAAAUUCACCCGGUGGGGAUUCUGAGGGAGGAGAAGAAGAGAUAGAGGUUGAUCAGCCCAUAAUGGAGGAAAAUAACGGACGUAGGCGGACUGUGCUCCAAGCCAUGAGCCCCGCCUAUGUCGAAGAAGACCCCAUCGGACUCCCGAACACUGACGCCCACACAUUCGAGAUCAAACCUGCCAUGAUUCAAAUGGUCUCGAAUAAUCAGUUCGGGGGUAUGAAAGGGGAAGAUCCAAGGGCCCACAUGCUAUGGUUCUCCCGAACCUGCCAGACGCUGAAGAUGAACGGAGUGACCUCCGAUCGUAUCAAACUAUCGCUCUUUCCUUUCUCACUUCGAGAUAGGGCGGCCCGAUGGUUGAAUACGUUCUCGAAGGGUCACUUCAAAACCUGGGAGGCACUACACCAAGCUUUCAUGCACGAGUACUUCCCACCAUCCGCCAUUGCCAAAAUCAAACGAUUGAUCCAGAAUUUCUCUCAAGAUUCGAUCGAAUCCCUAAGCGAGGCAUGGGAAAGAUUCAAGGAUCUGAAGAUCAAAUGUCCACCUGCCCUAAUUGAUGCUGAUAGCCUGAUGUUCCAUUUUUAUCAAGGACUUCUGGUGCCAUCAAAGAAAGAACUCGACCACUCUUCUAAGGUCGGCUCUUUCCUAGAUAUGACGCCAGAAGAAAAUGAGGAUCUGGUGGAGAGGCUAACUUUAAACGCCAAAUAUUGGUAUGAAGAUCGAGCCCCACAACAGAAGGCCGGAAUGUACGAAGUGGAUUCCUUGACGGCACUUAAGGCAAGCAUGGAAAGUUUGAUCAAACGAACUAUUCAAGAUCAGUUCAGUGCAAGCUCCCGAUCCAACAAACCAUACGAGUCAGUUGCUCAGGCUAAUAACUACUAUCAAGGCAGUUCAAGUUCACACUCAAACAAACUUGUUCUAUCUUGUGAAUCAUGUACAGGUGCACACUUAACAGCCCAGUGCCCUUACUAUGAAAGCCCGAUCAAGGAGAAGCCUAGAGAAGCAAAUCUGGCCCAGUAUGCAAACAAGGGAGAAGGACCAUGGGCCACAAACCAGUACCAACCAGCCCACUGGCGCGAUGAUCUUUCGAGAGAGCGCAACAACAAUUUUCAAAGAAACAAUCGUCCGCGGGACGAUUUCAGACAAGGAGGCGGGAACAACAACUGGAAUCAGAGAGGGCCUAACUUCAACCAAGGGGGGAAUGCUCAAGCAUAUGUCCCUCCACACCAGAGACAAGCUGAGGAUCCCACGAUCGAGAUGAAGAAAAUGCUAGAAGAAAGAGACAAGAAAAAUGAAGAAAGAAUCCAGAGAUUGGAGGAGUCGAUGCGAGAAAGCCAGAGGGCUAAGCAAGAUUUGUUUCGACAACUUAUGGAACAAAUGACGAUCCGACCUCCAGGAACUCUGCCGGCCAAAACUGAAAACAACCCACGAGAACACCUCAAGGCUGUUACCUUGCGAAGUGGGAAGGAAACUAAGGGCAUUGGCCAGGGUUCUGAACCAACUCUGAAGGAUUCUGUGGCUGAACCAGCCAAUGAGCCAACUGAGAAGAAGAAAGAAGAAGAAAAGAAGACAGAAGAAAAGAAGGACGAAGAACCUUUCCAGUCCCAACAUCCAAACGGAGAUCUCCCACCAAAGAAGGUGACCAUACCCUUCCCAUCAAGGGUAAAGAAAAACACAGAUGAAAAAGCCUUCAAGAAGUUCUUAGAUAUCAUGGGCCAAACUGAGGUCAAAAUGCCAUUGAUGGAUAUCUUGACGGAGAUGCCGAAGUACGCCAAGUUCUUGAAAGACUUGGUCACACAUAAAAGGGACAUGCAUUUUAAAGAUGCACUAGCAGACUUAGACCCUACUGAAUUUUGUCACUCUGUGAAAAUUUUGAAAGACAAAGGGUCUGUUGAGACACUUCUUGGUCUGGAAGAGAUUUUGAAGGAAAAAGAAGCUGAACAAGACAAGUGUGAGGAUGUUUCGGAAGUGAAGACCAGAAAUGAUCAAUCAAAGGGAUCUGACUCCCUAGAAUUGAAACCACUUCCUAAACAUCUCGAGUAUGCAUUUCUGGAUGACGAGGGCAAAUGCCUAGUCGUCAUCGCAUCUGAUCUGAGUAUGGGACAAAAGGCUAAUCUAAUAACAAAGUUUAAAGUUCAGGUCAAGGACCGAAGUGGGUCCGCAAAUCAGGCUACCGACCACCUGUCUCGUCUAGAACCAGACAUGGCCGGUCAAUUUGGAGAAUGCAUAGUCAAUGAGAUGGCUGAUUUUCCUGCUAGUGGACUAGAUUUACCUUUUGCUACCCCCGAUGCACGCGAUCGAUAUCGGGAUUGGGGUAGCAAGAAGGUAUUGACGCUGCCGAUGAUAUUGGACCAUGUAGCGCUGGAGAGCAUGGGGUAUUGGGAGGAGGUUGACGACUUCCUCCAUGACCCCAAAUGGAGGCGUUUGCUUUCACUCCGUGCACCAGCUAGCGUGCCACUGACGAUGGAGUUCAUCUGCUCGCUGAGGUUCAGCGUUUAUGGGAGCAGAGUUCGAGAUGUGGAGGGAGUGCAUCCCUCAGUACGGAUGACGUUCACCCUUCUUGGGACGAGAUUUGAUAUCCCCGUUCUUGAUCUAGGACGCCUGCUGGGGAUUUAUACUCAUGAGGAGACGACCUCACCGGACUUUCUCGCCCUGCCACGUCGACUUCCGUUGGAUGUUGACGUCAAGGCAUUUUGGAGGACUCAUUCACGUAGCACUCGAGACUUCAGCAACAAGUACAUCUCAUCAUCUGAUUGGAGGAGUCUUGCGUGGAGGAUACUUAGUCACCUCCUCUGCUGCAGCUACUUUGGGCGUCAUAAGAACGCCAACAGAGUUUACGACACUGAUUUGAUCUUCUUUUGGAGCCUGGAGAGCCACACACCUGUGGACCUUUCCUCUUUUGUUGGGCGUUUCCUGUUUGAUCAGUCGACAGGAAACCGCCAUCACAUCCAGGCAGGACCCAUUGUCACUCUGUUGGCGCGCGCCCUCGUGCCUACCAUCGUCAUCCCAGACCUUCUCCCAGAGGAGUCUAGUGGCACAGGAACAGGCAGUCCUUCAUACAUGCCGGCAAGCAUGCCCGCAGAUGGAGCCUCUUCCUCUGCUAUUCCACGUCCAUUGCCUACUACAUUUGAGGAGCUGACCACUGCUUUUGGUGAUCUCCGGACAUCGAUUGAUUCACGCUUCCAGGUUUAUGAGCAGCGGUGGACCGCCUUUGAGCAACGUCAAGAGACUCGCUGGAAGGAGAACCAGGAUCAUCAGCAGCACAUUGAGACUAGCCUUUCAGAGCAGGUCUACACCAAUGGUGGUAUAGUUAGAGGGUUCAUACCAGGGUACUUAGUAACACGACAAGUCUAUGGACCCACGUACGGGGUAGAGUAUACAGUUUCCAGCAACUACUAUAAGUAUUUCGAAAUGAAUCAUGUUGUGGAGGCUUUCAUCGUACUUCCCAGAGGAGUCGACACUAUGAAAGAUGAUGCGGUGAGGCAGAACUUCAUGGCUUCCAGUCAGAGGAAACUUUUUAUUUCUUCUUUCUUUGUUGAUGAGCUUUUAGACAAACUAGAGUUUGCUAAAGCUUUUCUGGGUCCUGGAGCUAGUUAUGAUGAUUUUGCAUAUCUUGGAAGGAUAGACAUAGAAUUGCAUCUAAUGAUGAAUGAUUACACCGUGGAGCCAAAAGAUGAUGAAAUCAACAACUUUGUUGUGGAAUUCCAUGGUCCAAAAGAAAGCCUUUAUGAAGGCGGGGUUUGGAAAGUCCGCGUGGAACUCCCAGAUGCUUAUCCUUAUAAGUCUCCUUCCAUUGGAUUUAUCAACAAAAUAUAUCACCCAAAUGUUGAUGAACUGUCAGGUUCUGUGUGCUUGGAUGUCAUCAACCAGACAUGGAGUCCAAUGUUUGAUCUGUUAAAUAUAUUUGAGGUUUUCCUUCCACAGCUCUUACUUUACCCAAACCCAUCAGAUCCCUUAAAUGGUGAUGCAGCAUCACUGAUGAUGAAAGACAAGAAGCAAUACGACCAAAAAGUUAAAGGUAAAUGGUGCUUCUUCAUAUGGUAAACUUUUAAGGGUUCUAUAUGUGACAUCUAGGGUAUUUUAAUUCGGAACAAGCCCCCACCCCUCCCAAUUUUUUUUUGUAAAACUUCACACACACCAAAAUAUAAAAAACUAGUUCUUUUGUGUGAUCUUUGGAGUACAGGGUUGGUACAAUGGUGAGCCCGAGAUUUAUGCAUCCAACAAUAUUGAGUCCUCCACACGCGAAGUCUAAACCUUAUCAUA